AUGGCGGCCGCAGGCAUCGGGCACAUCCCCUCGGACGCCGUCGUGGAGAUCCUGGUGCGCCUCCCGCCGAGCUCGCGGCGGCGGUGCCGCCUCGUGUGCCGGCACUGGCGCGACCUCGUCGACGACCGCACGCCGGAGAUGCGGAGCCGCGCCAAGGCGCUCGUCCUGGUCCACGCCGUCGCGCACGUGUUCGACGACCUGCCGGAGGGGCGGCGCCGGCAGCUGCUGCCCAACUGCCGCGGCGUCGACAUCGUCGGCACGUGCAACGGGCUGGUAUUCCUGUGCGAGUGGUCCAGGGGCUUCGCCCUGGUGAACCCGUUCACCGGCGAGAGGGUGGACGGCGCCGGCGUCCCGCCGCCGCCGUGUCCGCGCGGCGAGGAGCCACCCUUCUACCAGCCGACGCACGCGGCGUACGCCUUCGGCUACCACCCGACGACGGGGAGGUACAAGAUCGUGCACUUCCCCAUCCAGGACAGACGGACCGAGACGUUCGACGCGGUGCGCGUGCUCACGCUCGGGGCGGAGGAGGACGCGUCGACGUCGUGGCGAGACGUGCCGAUGCCCGCCGGCGGAUCGAGCCGCCGCGGCAGCUGCGGCGUCGUCAGCGUAGACGGCUCCACGUACUGGAUCACCAGGGACACCGAGAGGGUCAUGUCGCUGGACCUCGGCGACGACGAGCGCGUCGCCGCCGUCACGCCGCUGCUCCCGGCGCGCACGGCGGGGCCGGGCUGCACCUGCAAGCUGACGGACGUGCGCGGCAGGCUCGGCGUCGCCGUCAGCGUCAGCAUGGCGACGAGCACCGACACCGACGUGUGGGUGCUCGAAGGAGGAGGAGGCGGCGGCGGCGAGCGGCGGUGGAGCCGGCGGUACAGCGUGCGGGUGCACGGCGUGGAGCAGCAGCUGGCGUGGCCGCACUUCGCCCACGGCGAGCACGUCCUGACGACGUCGACGCACUGUAGCAUCCGGGGGUUCUUGUACGCGCACCGGCUGAGCGACGACGGGAGGCGGCGGCUGCAGUGCAGCGCGGUGAGGAUCAACGAGCGGCGGCCGGGGAAGGUGGUGGGCUCGUUCGGCGCUUGUUACCGCCGGGAUCUCCGGACCUUCGCCUACGUCGAGACCACCGAGCCGGUCAGCGUGUUCAGCCUCCGGGGAUGA